AAAAAUCCAAAAAUGGGGACACACAUUAUACACACAUGAAAGCAUCGAUGAUAUCGAAGAAAAACCAGAUGGGUGUCCAAUUAUCUUCUUCUCCUUCGAUAUUAUCGAAUUCAUUAACAACAUUAUAUCAAAAACCAACCAAAUUACCUACUUUGGAAACCAAUAUUCACCGUAAUUUUUCUCUAAGGAAGAAUCCCAACAAUGGCGGCAUUGCCAGCUUCUUCUUCUCCUACAAUUUCGGAAUCACCCACUUGCAAUUUUCUUCCUAUUCAACAAAAUCAUUACCACCCGCUUUCUAAGGUUUCAUAUGGUUUUACUUCCAAGCCUAAAUUUGGCCUUUUUUCCAAGAAUCUUUCAGGCCGCAUUCUCACAGUGAAGGCUCAAUUAAACAAGGUUGCUUUGGAUGGUUCAAAUCAUGCUCCAUCACCUUCGCACGAAAAAUCUGGGUUACCAGCCCAAGAAAAGAAGAAUGAUGAGCCGUCAAGUGAAUCUUCUCCUGCAGCAUCAGUGUCUGAAGAACGAGUCUCCGAAUUUUUGAGCCAAGUUGCUGGUCUUGUCAAACUUGUGGAUUCUAGAGACAUUGUAGAGUUGCAAUUAAAACAACUGGACUGUGAGAUAUUGAUCCGCAAGAAGGAAGCUAUUCCUCAACCACAAAUUCCUAAUCCUACACAUGUUGUUGGGAUGCAAUCACCACCUCCGGUAGCGCCUUCCCCAGCUCCCGCUUCUUCACCAGCCACUCCUCGUCCUGCGUUACCUGCCCCGGCGCCUGCUGCCAUGUCAGCUAAGCCAUCACUCCCACCUCUCAAGAGCCCUAUGUCAGGCACAUUCUACCGUAGUCCAGCUCCUGGCGAGCCAGCUUUUGUGAAGGUUGGAGAUAAAGUUAAGAAAGGACAAGUCAUAUGCAUUAUCGAGGCUAUGAAGUUGAUGAAUGAAAUCGAGGCGGAUCAAUCGGGAACUAUAAUCGAAAUCCUUGCUGAAGAUGGGAAACCUGUCAGCCUUGAUACGCCUCUUCUUGUGAUCCAGCCUUAGAAACUUUUUAAAGGUUCGACAUUCGUGUGACAAGAACCGUUGGAUAUUAUCAUAUCAACCAUGUUAAGAUAUAUUAUAUUGUGCGCGGCAGAUUGUUAUAGACUUUAGUUUUUCUUUCAUUUUUUUUUUGGCUUUUUUUAGUUUGAAUAUAUUGAGGUGGGAACUACAUUGAUGUUGUGAAAAUCUGAAUAUGUCGAGGAAAAAAGCUUAUGUAUUGAUGUGUAUCCUUUUUGAAAGAAUAACAAUGAGCUAACACGCUUGUGACU